AUGUGUCUAGAAUCAUGGCGUAAAGAAAUCAUAUCUCACCCCGGCAGCGAACUUUUAUACCAAUCUUGGUUUGAAAAUUGGAACUAUGAGAUGCAUAAAUUUUUUGUGUUCAUGACACGUUGUUCGGCUUCGGAGCGUAGCUCUUUUCCGUGCGUGGUUGGGACAACUUCUGUCACUACUCGCUCCACUUCCUGCCGCUGGACCAGGUGCAACAAUAAAGCGCGCACAUCAGUAGAAAUUAUGCCGGCCCGCACGGCGUGGGACGUGGCGUGCGACCACGAGAUUUGGCUGGCCGGGAAAAAGAGACAGGCGGAGGCAGAGUGGCAGGCGAAUGUGCUGCAGCAGAAUGUGAAAAAGUUCCGUCCGCGAUCCGCCGGGCCGAGGGUGCCGACUUCGUCCGGCGGGCAGAUCCAUUUGGGGAAAAAGGCCAACAAAGCAGAUCCGUCGGGGGGUGCCGUACAACCUGCGCAGCAAGGCAAUGAACAGGUCCGACUCCCGCCGUUCAACCCAAGUCCGGAGAAACUGGCCAGAACCU